UCAUCCUUGUUGUUGUCCAUAUUAUCACUUUGCUACAAACUUUCACAUAUUCCCCCCCUUUCAAAAACCUAGGCUUUCAAUUCCGAUCAAUUUUCCGGCGACGCCACUGCCACCGGUGAUGGCGAUACCACAUUCUUACGACCCGUUAUACUACAAUCUUCCGACCCUUCCACCACCGGAAUAUUCCGUUUACGAUGACCCAAAUGCCAUUAACACACUCUUUGUUUCGGGUCUACCUGACGACGUUAAAGCGCGUGAGAUACACAAUUUGUUCCGCCGGCGGCCUGGUUUUGAUUAUUGUCAACUUAAGUACACCGGCCGUGGCAAUCAGGUUGUUGCAUUUGCAACUUUUGUAAACCAUCAAUCGGCGAUGGCAGCUCUUCAUGCUUUGAAUGGUGUUAAGUUUGAUCCUCAAACUGGGUCUACUUUGCAUAUUGAACUUGCAAGAUCAAAUUCCAGACGAAAGAACAAACCAGGACCCGAUGCUUAUGUUGUUAUCGAUAACAGAUCCAAAGCUACUAAAGAUAACCAAGAAUCGAGUUAUGAUGGCAACAGUGAAUCAGAAGAAGCAGCUGAGCCUGAUCAACAUACUUCAACAAAGAGCAGUGAUGAUGAGACAGCUGUAGAUCCUGACAAUACCGGAGCUGCAGAAAAUGAGCAGGAGCAGGACCAGACAGAAAGUACAGUCGACGGAGCAUGUUCAACAUUGUUUAUUGCAAAUUUAGGUCCCAAUUGCACAGAAGCUGAGCUAAGGCCUGUUGUCUCUAAAUACCCGGGUUUUAACACACUUAAGGUGCGUAAUAGAGGUGGAAUGCCUGUCGCAUUUGCUGAUUAUGAGGAAGUAGAGCAAGCUACUGAGGUCAUGAAUUCCCUUCAGGGAACCACACUACCUUCAUCAGACCGUGGAGGCAUGCAUAUAGAGUACGCAAGGUCUAAAAUGAGAAAGCGGUGAGAGGUCAAGGUUUUUUAGGAUAAUCUUGAUACAAACGGAAGUGUAUCUAAUUUUUAUCUGUAAUGAUAGUUUGUUGUUGAAUAUGCUAGAAAUGUACGUAUUUGAUGGAUCCUAGUUAACAUGGAUUGAAUAUAAGGUUUACCAUUUGGAA